AUGGCAGAAUCUGUGCUAAAGGAACUUCUGGUAUUGAUUUAUGCACCAACUGCAGUUGAGCACAUUCUUAUUGGUAAAGCUAUCGCAAGAGCCGUAUGAGCUUAUCUGCUCGCUGAUGCAGCUCUUAAUACCCAUAUCCUUUCUAAAGCCCUGGGAGUGUCCAUUCCUGAUCUUGAAGUAGAAGCUAAUGCCCCUGACGUGAAUGAUGCAACAGGUGAAGGAGAGGCGAUGCAGGCACACCUGCUUAUAAGCUUCAACGAACUUGUGCUCUGUAAGAAGAUUAAUUUUAAUGGUUAGGAUGAAAUCAGUGGAAAAAGUCAGCUUGGCCAGUGCAGUCAGUAAGAUCAAACAUCUGUUCCAACAGCAGAAGGAAUCUCUUCAAGACAAUCGCACUGCUAAACUCUGAUUUUAGUACAUGGACAUGGUCCACAUUCUAAAAACAUUUAUCAAAGCAGAACGUACUGGACACUAGGUACAGCAUUUUGAAGCUAUUUCUGAAAUGCUUCCUUAUUUGGCACCUUCUGGUCACAACCUUUACACUUCUCAGUUGUACCUGCAUUGGUCCGUUUAGAGAGCGAACAUCCUGUUGUGUACCAGAAACUUAUUGAUGGAUUCCACGUAGUAAGAACAAGUGAAAGAAAAUAGGCUGGGCUGUCCACAGACCUUGUUUUAGAGCAGGUGUUAAGAAGUAUGAGAAGUAUGAAGAUGAGUGGUGGCUUAACGAGAGGAAGAGGGAUGACCGGGCAACAGCGGCUGAUAUGGCUCCUUUCUUCGCCAGGCUGUGCUGAGAUGAAUCAUGCCAUGCUGGAUUUCACAGGAGUCUCUUACAGUACCAGCGAGCAAAAAAUGGACCUUUCAGAGUCCAGAAAAAACCGUGACAUGAAAGAUACGCAAACUCUGCUAAAUGCCCUAGAUGAGCAAAAUCCCUUCACUGCUCAAAAAGGCCUAAGAAGCAUCAUGAAUGGUGUUCCAUGCAAAUUAUACUGUAAAUGUAGAUGACGCCAAGGAUAUUGGACAGGGCAUCUUAGCGUCAAUGACUGUGAAGUCUGUCACGGAGUUUGCCUUCAAACAAAGUAAUCAGGCUGUGACUCUUGCUACAAAGUCAUUGGUUAAAAUUGAUGGAAAGACGAUCCGAGUAGACCUGCAGUUUCUAUUCCAGCGUCCAAUUGUAGCUUUGAAAUCAUUGGAUAAAAUGGAAACAGUCUUCAAAAACUGAACUAUGCAGCUAGAGACCUGGUCUCUUUGAUUCUUCACUUCUUUUGCUCCAACCACACAAGCCAGUUCUUGCUGAUGCUAUUUGGGCUCUGUCUAUGGAAAGCUCAGAUGUCACAGUUCCUCAAAGAGAGCUCCAAUUUGUUCUGGAUGGUGGUGGACUCAUUCACCGAAUCCCUUGGCCGCAAGGGUCUACCUAUCGGAAUAUCUGUGUAUUGUACUGCAAUUAUAUGUACCUGCAGUGUGGAAAGGUGAUCAUUGUCUUUGAUGGAUACACAAGUACAUCCACAAAGAGAACGUAACUGCAAAGACGUGCAGGAGAGAAAGUGGGUGCGACCGUCACACUUAAUAACGACAUGAAACUUACAAUGGAGUGGGAUCACUUCUGGCAAACAAAAGCAAUAAACAGUCCUUCAUUAACAUGCUUAGUGGUUAUCUUCAGUAGGCCAAUUGCCAAGUCUACCACUCGACAGCUGAUGCUGAUUUGCUUAUAGUAAACAAAGGUGUGAAAAGUUCAAGAACAAUAGACACCGUGCACCGGGGAUGACACUGAUCUUCUUAUUCUGCUUUGUUAGCUUGCAAAGUUAGAUGUAUCCGACGUUUUCUCCAACCAGAAUCAAAAGCAAAUUCCAAGUGACGAUUCUGGGAUAUAA